AUGCUACAAAACAUGUCCAACAUUCUCGAUCGCACGUGUUGGUCAUGUUUUUUUUUUUUUUUGAAACGCAAGUACAGUUACAUGCGAAGGGGCACAUCGACUUAUCCAACGACGGGUUGCCCCCUCAAAAAGCACGAAGGAGGGUCCCACUGUCCAAGGGCAAGAAAUUGGACGGCAAGCGCGGGGGACAUAGUGGGGAAUGGGCGGCGUGCUGAAGUAGGCCUCGCGCGCCUGAAAAGCGCGUUUUUCUUCGUCACAUAG